AUGACUUACAAAUCCCUCUUCAAACGCAGCAGUACGAUAAGGGAACAGAAAUACCUCAGCGGUACCAAAAUGCUUGCAAAUUCGAGAGGUCUUGGCAACAAAACAGUUGUGCGUUUCACCAUGACCAACUUCAGAGAGGCAAAGGCGGCUCCAAGAGGCACUGAUAAAGCCAAACAAUACCUAGCUGAUUCGCUUUCAAGAAAAGAGAAGGCGGACUAUGCGAGCGCACAAAUAAACGCUCUUAUCUUCCAUUCGAUUGCAAAGCUGCGCACUCUACGCUCUCGGGCUUGCAAGUACCUGUUCGGUGGUAGGCGAGACUGCCAAAAGCCGGCAUCUUGCCCGUCUGCCACAGUCAACGUCCAGCCAAACGCACCGCGAUGCCGAACCUACGUAAUAGAGGAAUGA